AUGGAGACUCAUCAGCACCAAAAGAACACAGAAAACGAUGUGCCAAAGCAACAAAUUGAAGCAGCAGCACCACCACCACCACAGUUAUUUUGGCAAGAAAAUAUAGAAGACCAAACUUCAUCAUCACCACAAUCUUCAACACCCUCUUCCCCUUCUCAAGAGUUCUCCUUCACAAUCUCCCACCACCUUCCCACAUUCCCGGAAGAUAACUCCCAAGCUCAACCAUCUUCUCUUGCACUUGAUUUAUCUCCUGCUGAUGACAUUUUCUUCCAUGGUCACUUGCUCCCUCUACAACUCCUUUCACACCUCCCUUCUUCACCGCGCUCUUCAACCAAUUCCAUGGACAGCUUCACCCUCCCCAUCAGAGAGUUAUUAAUAGAUGAAAACCACCCCAUUAAGGAUAGUAGCAGCAACAGCACCACCUCAGACAGCAACAACAGCAGCAAAAGAGACCAAGACAACGACUGCAACAACAUAGGAAAAAGGGUACAAGGUAAACCCAGAUUUACUUUUUCAUUAUUUGGAUUAGCCAAGGGACACAAAGGAUGCCAAGAUAGUAAGGAAGACAAAGUGAAGCACAAGAAGAAGGUAAGGUUUGAUGUGAUCCUUGCAAUAAAAAAGUACUUGAGAAUGGUCCAGCCUAGGAUGCUUUUCAAAGGACAAAGAGAGAAGAUUCGACCCCGUAGUGAACAGUGUUAUUCCUAUUCAGGAAAUGUAACUCCAAGAAAUUAUAAGCAGGGUUGGAGAGGACAAUAUUCAGCACCAGCAUCAAUGAAGACUUCUCCAACAAAUAGUGGUCUCUUGAUUGCAACCACACCUCUUCCUUCUUCUGCUAGCGACAGUACCAUGGAAGAGUUGCAAGCAGCCAUUCAAGCUGCAAUUACUUACUGCAAAAAUUCGAUUGCAAAAGAAGAGAAACUCCAAUGA